AUGAAAUUGUCGGUUAUUGUCGCUGUGAUGAUGUUAUGGUCAAUUAAAUCAGCAGAAAGUGAAAAUUUCUCCUCUGAAUCAUUUCAAUCUCAUAUCAUGAAUACUCUUAUUAAUGGGUAUCGAUCUUUGAUUGGUGUCAAAGAUGAAGCAAGAGGUGCAGCUGCAGUUGUCGGAUCGUACAUCGUAAAUUAUAAUAUCAAGAAAACAAAGAAAACUAAGAGAACUAAGAAACCAAAUCGAAAUUCGAGGCCAACGAAAACGACAAAGAAGCCUCAAACAACGUCUUGGAAGCAUUGCACGUAUUACUCUUAUUAUUAUCAAGGAGUUCAAUAUUUUUAUUAUGACUGUCCCUAUUAA